GGCUCCAAAAAUAAUAUUGUUAUGAUUUUAUCGCGUUCUCAAUGGAUUUUCCUUUUAAAUUUUAAUAUUAGUUUUUGAAUUAUUUAUUUGAACAGUAGAAUUUCUUGCAUAAACACAGCCGAUAGUUCGAAGAAGUAACUUCGUUUGUUGUCCGCUGUUUGAUGACGGAUUGGUCAUUGGUGCGAUAGUAGUGAAUCUUUGGACUUAUGAUUUAUCUGUAAGUUAAGCGUAAUAGAAUGGUAACCGCAUCAGAGUAAACCAAUCGACCGUAUGUGAGUUGUUUUCGGGAAAUUCGCCUUAUUGCUUGCGCUAGCCGCUCUCGCACCAGCCAUGCACUUCGCAGUGCAUCAUCAUAUCCGCCGGUGCUGCCAGAGAUGCCUUUCCAAGGGGAAGGUGCGCAGCUUGGAUCCUUCUCAGUCUGGCGGCCUGUUUCGGGUCUUCACGCGUCCGUCUUCGGACUCUCCGGUUUGGACCCGUACUAAGUCCGCGACGAUUGAAAUCCCCUUCUCCAACGACAGGCCUAUGAGGAUAAGUUCGGGGAAGCUUGCACGUUUUGCAGAUGGGAGUGCUGUCGUGCAGUUAGGGGACACCACCGUGAUGGUAACCGCCGUCGGCCGCACUCUCGGCCCGAGUGCCACGGCAUCCUUUGUGCCUUUGGUGGUUGAUUACCGACAAAAAGCUGCUGCUGCUGGACGAGUUCCCACUAAUUAUCUGAGACGAGAACUGGGACCAUCCGAAAAUGAAAUUCUGACCAGUCGGAUGAUAGACCGGUCCGUUAGGCCGUUGUUUCGUUCUCGGCCCUUAUGUGAUACACAGAUCGUUUGCAAUCUGUUGGCAGUUGACGGCGUGCACGAUCCUGACAUUGCCAGUAUUAACGGCGCAUCCGCCGCACUAACGUUGUCCGACAUUCCUUGGGAUGGACCGAUUGGAGCGGUGCGUGUCGCAUUGAUUAGCGACCAGCUAAUUGUGAACCCGACCCGAAAAGAACGUUUGUCGAGCCCACUGAAUCUGGUGAUUGCCGCCACCGAGCGUAACCAGGUGGUUAUGAUUGACGCCUCCGCUAACAACAUUCUGCAACAAGAUUUUAUGAAGGCGAUUAAAUUUGGCGUUAAAGAAGCUCAAAAAAUUGUUGCUGAACUAAACAAACUUAAGAUGAUGAUUGGUAAAGAAAAGCGGCUGGAUGUGCCUCCUCCAGCGAAAGUUUCGAUUCCCGCGCCGGCUCCGGCGCUGAUCAGUGCGGAAGGCGAAAUUGAGAACCUAGUUCCUCCUACAUCGCCUGAAAAAGUGCGUGAACGAUGUUUCGAGUUAGCAGAGUCGAAGCUUCAGAACGUCUUUACCGAUGUCACUCAUGACAAAAUCAGCCGGGAUGUGGCUGUCUCAGAAAUACGUGCGUUGACGUUGGAAACUCUAAGAAAGGAAUUCGUGGAUUUUGACCCUAGUCGAAUGACUGAAAUCUUCAGUACGAUUUCCAAAGGAAUAUUUCGGGAUUUGAUAUUUUCAACCAACACAAGAUGCGAUGGACGGAGUCUGAGUGAUUUGCGGCAUAUACGUUGUGAAGCGGGAGUUUUUCGUCCGCUGCACGGAUCUGCGUUAUUUGAGCGUGGACAAACUCAGUGUUUAUGCACGGUUACUUUUGACAGCAUUGAUUCGGCUUGGAAAGCUGAUCCAACUUCCGUCAUAAUAAGUGGGUUGAAAGAAAAGAACUUUAUGCUUCAUUAUGAAUUUCCUCCAUAUGCAACGAACGAAACCGGACGCAGUAUGGCUUUUGGACGACGAGAGUUAGGGCAUGGUGCGCUGGCAGAAAAAGCCUUACGAGCCAUCAUACCAUUGAAUUUCCCCUUCACUAUUCGUUUAACAUCAGAAGUACUGGAGUCUAACGGUUCCUCGAGCAUGGCCACUGUUUGCGGGGGUAGUUUAGCCCUGAUGGAUGCCGGUGUACCAAUCACCGCACCAGCUGCCGGAGUCGCGAUCGGAUUGGUUACAAAAUACAAUGAAACGGGAGAUGAAAUAACAGAUUACCGAAUUCUGACCGAUUUACUGGGUAUCGAAGAUUAUCUUGGUGACAUGGAUUUUAAAAUGGCCGGAACAAGAAGUGGUAUAACAGCAUUGCAGGCUGAUGUUAAGAUUCCGGGAUUACCGCUAAGAAUCGUGAUGGAGUCCAUACAAAAAGCCACGGAAGCUAAAAGCAAAAUUUUAGAUAUUAUGGCUCAGUGUGUUCGAGAACCUCGCCAAGAACGCAAGGAAAACGCCCCUGUAACGGAGAAGUUGGAGGUUCCUGUACAUAAACGAGCUAAAUUUGUCGGAUAUGGAGGGUACAAUUUACGGCGAAUAACGGUGGAGACAGGCGUCCAAAUCACGCAGAUUGACGAUUCUGUGUAUAACCUUUUUGCGCCCAAUCAGAUGGCUAUGGAUGAGGCUAAACAGAUGAUUACGGAAUGUCUGGAAGAAGAGCGUGAGCCGGACUUGCAGUUUGGGGCGGUAUAUUCGGCUAAAAUUGUGGAGAUCAGGGAAAGCGGAUUAAUGAUCACGCUGUACAACGGUCAAACUCCGUUUUUAUUGCCGAACUCUCAGUUAGAUACACGGAAAAUCGCUCAUCCAGAUGUGUUAGGGUUUGAAGUUGGCCAGGAAAUUUCCGUGAAAUAUUUUGGCAGGGAUCCAGCCACCGGACGCCAUCGUGUUUCUCGCAAAGUUCUGAUGAGUGUGCCUACUUCCGCCGCAAGAUCGCUCAAUUAGUGAUAGUUGUCAUGUUUUAUGGUUUUCGAGACGAUGAUUGUUGUGUGUUUUAAAUUUGUUACGCAGUGUAUGUUUUAACGGUGUCAUUUCAACACUGUUGUAGUACUUCCGUUGAGAUAUUGCAGAAUUUAACUUAAUUUUUGUCUUAAAGCUAGAUUCGGAUUUCUGAGUGAAUAAACUAAAAUUAUGAUGAACAA